CUUUUCCGUAUAAAAGGACAUGCGUUUUAACAGUUAUCAAGCAUAAUUUCGGUGAGCGUGGUUAUUUCCUUGAUUAUUUUCAUCGCUGUUGGGUUUUGUCACGCCACAAAGGAUUUAUCAAAAUGAAGUCUUUCUACUGUUUGGAUGUUAUCAUUUGUUCGACAGUUGUUGUUGUGGCCUUAGCUGGAUUUUCCGACGCUGAAUCCGAGCAACGGAGUUUAUUUGAGCUGGAGCAAAAAAACCGGCGCACGGCCGGUGGACCCUCCGGACUGAUAGCUUUUCCGCGCGUCGGACGCAGCGAUCCGAAUCUGGUGAAUAAUUUGCAUGAAGCUGACAUCUCAGCGCUCGGCGAAAGCAUCAUGUACCCCGCCUCCUUGGAGGACUACGAAGUAGAAUAUCCAAAAAGCGAAAUGAAGCGCGCCAGCCUGAUACCCUUCCCACGGGUGGGCCGCACCGAUGCGGAGCUGAGGAAGUGGGCGCACAUUAUGGCGCUGCAGCAGGCACUGAACAAGGCCACCGGCCCCAGCGCUACUUCAGGCCUAUGGUUCGGCCCACGCUUAGGUAAGCGCAGCGUGGACGCGCAACGACAACAGCAAACACACAAGUCGCCUGCCAGUGGCCAAAAGGAGCUGUACUAAGCGCUGUGCGACAUCAACAACACAAAUAUACCAAUCGACAUUGACGAACCACAAAUGCAAACGAUUAGGCCGACGAUUUUUGAAUCACUGAAACCAUACCAAGUUACCCAAAUGUUAAGUUAGCGCAAUUGUCAUAGCAGAUAAAACUAAAAUUUUAUGCAAAAGUGAAAAAAUAUAAACGAAAAAAUUAAGAAAUAGCACAAAACAUACAAAUAUACACUUACUUAUAUACACAUGUGUAGAUAGUGUCUUUGGUGGAGUUUAGAGAGUUAGUAAAAUCAGUAUGCUAGAUGCGCAAAGCAAACUAAAAGACUAUAAGUAUUUAAUAAAAAAAAAAAUUAUAAAGAGAUCGACUUUCGAAUUUGUUGUUUUUGUAAAUUUUAGUUUUUACCUACGCAUUUAUUGCAUAUUAAAAAGAAACUAUAACAAAAACAGAAAUCAUGCCACUUGCACAGGUGUUGCUUUUGUUUUGUAAAUAUUCUCUUCAAAUGGGCUGGUGAGGGCUUUCAAUGCAAGGCAAACACCAAAGCAAAA